AUGGCUCUAAUAUUUGAUACUGUUUUAAAAGAUAUUACAGCCACAUUAGCUGUAAUUUUUGCAAUUAUUUAUAUUUAUUUCCUAAACGCGUUUUCGUAUUGGUCUAGAAGAGGUAUACCGACAAUUAAGCCAAGUUUUCCAUUCGGAAAUGUCGCGCCCAUGUUCACUUUAAGGAAAUCUAUGGGUGAAAAUGUGACUGAUUUAUAUAACAGAAUCAAAGCUCCAUUUUUUGGAAUGUAUGUGUUUGCAACACCGAGAUUAGUUAUUAAAGAUCCACAAAUAGUGAAGUUGGUUUUAGUUAAAGAUUUUCAACAUUUCCAAGAUCGUGGAAACGAGAUUGACCCGGAGAAAAAUGCUUUAGUAGCACAUUUGUUCAGCUUAGCAGGCAACCACUGGAAAAACUUAAGGAACGCAUUGACACCUGCGUUUACUUCUGGAAAAUUGAAAAUGAUGAUGAACACAGUUAUAAAAUGUGGUGAAAAUCUGCAAUUAUACCUUGAAGAAAAGGCUAAAGGCCAGGAAGUUUUGGAAUUUAAAGAUCUAGCAGCGCGUUACACUACAGAUAUCAUUUCUUCAGUGGCAAUGGGAAUUGAUGUUAACUCCAUAAAAAAUCCAAAUGAUGAGUUUCGAAAUAUCGGUAGAAGGAUCUUCGAUUUUUCUACUACUUGGGAGGCUAUAAAGAAUAUUAUGUUUUUCACUUCACCAGAGUACUUGAAGACUCUUAAUAUAUCUGUGGUUAAGCCAGAUGUACACGACUUUAUGACAAAUGUAGUUGAGCAAACUGUCAAUUAUCGAGAACAAAGUGGUGUCAUGAGAAAUGAUUUUAUGCAGCUUCUGAUACAAUUGAGAAAUACUGAGGAGAAACAAAUGUCCCUGGAAGAGAUAACCGCAGAGGUGCAUCUAUUCUUCCUGGCUGGAUUUGAAACAUCGUCAAUAACAAUGUCAUCCUUCUUCUACGAAAUGGCAAGGCAUCCAGAAAUUAUGAGGAAGGCACAAGCCGAAGUAGAUUCUUGCGUCGCAAAACAUGGAGGAUUCACAUAUGAUGCAAUGAAUGAGAUGAAAUAUCUGGAAAAUUGUAUAAAUGAAACUCUUCGCAUUUACACUGCCCUGCCAUUUCUACUACGCCAGUGCUCCAUUGACUACAAAAUUCCUGGACAUGAUGCAGUAAUUCCUAAAGGAACCAGAGUGUUGAUACCAUUGAUGGGUUUACACAGAGAUCCUGAAUAUUUUCCAGAUCCGUUGAAGUACGAUCCUGACCGUUUUAGUGAUGAAAGAAAAGGAUCCAUUGUUCCUUAUACGUAUAUCCCUUUUGGUGAAGGAAAACGAGCCUGUAUAGGUAUGCGUUUAGGAAAAAUGCAAGUAAAAGUUGGUUUAGCAAUGGUGCUUCAAAAAUACGACAUUCUGAAAUGUUCCAAAACAUCCACAGAGUUUCAACAUGAUCCAACAACUGCUGGUGUGGUUCACUUAGGAGGAAUUUGGCUAAAGGUUGCUCCUCGUACUAGUCGUGUAAUUAUAAUAUUUUAUUGCGUGAAUAAAAGUGAAAAGGUGAAAAUGUUCGACUUUAUCCAAUAUGUGUUUGAAGUUUUGGUGGCCGUUCUGGUGUUAGUACUUGCAGCAACUUACGUAUAUUUCAAACACUCUUUCACAUUCUGGGAAAAAAGAAAUAUUCCAUCAAUUGCACCAACUUUUCCUUUCGGAAAUGUAGAACCUGUGUUUAGAUCCAAAAAAUCAAUGAGUCAAAAUAUAGCUGAUUUAUACAACAGCAUAAAAGCGCCAUUCUUCGGUAUUUAUGUGUUUUGUAUACCCAGAUUGGUAGUAAAGGAUCCAGAAUUGAUCAAGUUAAUUUUGGUGAAGGACUUCCAAUAUUUCCAAAACAGGGGCAAUGAAUUUGACUCAAAAUCCAACGCUUUGCAAUCGAAUUUAUUUAGCAUAUCAGGAGAUUCUUGGCAAAAAUUAAGAAAUGCUCUGUCACCGGCAUUUACAUCGGGAAAACUUAAAGCUAUGAUGGAGAUUAUUAUUAGAUGCGGUAAAAAUUUGCAAGAAUUUCUUGAAGAAAAAUCCAACAGUAAAGAAGAACUCGAAUUCAAAGACUUGGCUGCAAGAUACACAACAGAUGUAAUUUCUUCAGUAGCUUUAGGCAAUGAAGUAAACUCAGUGAAAAAUCCAAAUCACGAAUUUCGCGAAAUUGGCAGAAAAAUAUUUAAUUUACCCACAAGAUGGGAUGUUGUCAUGUCCAUUAUGUUUUUCAUGUCACCUGAAAUCCUGAAUAAAUUUAAAUUGGCAAAUAUAAGUCGUGAAGUUUAUGAUUUCAUGAUGAAUGUUGUUAGACAAACAGUGACCUUUAGAGAAGAAAAUAAUAUAACAAGACCUGAUUUCAUGCAACUUUUGAUUCAGUUGAGAAAUGGUGGUGAAAUUACAGAUGAUGAUGACAUGAAAAUCAAAGUACAAGGAGAAAAGCAGUUAUCCUUGGAUGCUAUAGCAUCAGAAGUGAAUUUGUUCUUCUUGGCUGGUUUCGAAACAUCUUCUAUAACAAUGUCAUCAUUUUUCUAUGAAAUGGCACAAAACCAUGACAUCAUGCGAAAAGCUCAAGCAGAUAUUGAUGCAAGUGUCGCAAAACAUGGAGGUUUUAACUAUGAAGCAAUGAAUGAUAUGAAAUAUUUGGAAAAUUGCAUUAAUGAAACUCUCCGGAUUUAUACAACGUUACCAUUCCUUGUUCGCGAAUGCUCAAUAGACUACAAAAUUCCUGGACACAACGCAUUCAUUCCAAAAGGCACCAGAGUAUUGAUACCGUUAAUGGGUCUCCACCGAGAUCCAGAUCAUUUCCCAAACCCAAUGAAAUUUGAUCCAGACCGAUUCAGUGAUGAGCGUAAAGGUUCCAUAAAACCUUAUACAUAUUUUCCUUUUGGAGAAGGAAAAAGGGCAUGCAUUGGCAUGCGUUUGGGAAAAAUGCAAGUGAAAAUGGGAUUGGCAAUGGUGCUUCACAAAUUUGAUAUUUUGAAAUGUUCUAAAACAUCAGAAGAAUUCCAGCAUGAUCCUACUACUGCGGGUGUUGUACAUUUAGGUGGAAUCUGGCUGAAAGUAGCUAAACGAAAAUCAAUGAGCCAAGUGAUGUCAAACUUAUACAACAGUGUCCAAAAACCAUUUUUUGGUAUAUAUGUAUUCCUUUUCCCACGAUUGGUGGUAAAAGAUCCCGAGUUAAUAAAAAUGAUAAUGGUAAAAGAUUUUCAGAACUUCCAAAACAGAGGAAAUGAGUUUGAUCCCAAAACAAAUGCUUUGGCAUCGAAUUUAUUUAGUUUAUCUGGUGAGGCUUGGGUAAAAUUGAGGAAUGUUCUAUCACCAGCUUUUACAUCUGGAAAACUGAAAGUUAUGAUGGAAACGAUCACAAAAUGCGGAGAACAACUUCAAGAACAUUUAUCAGAAAAGGCAAAGAACAGUGAAGUAGUUGAAUUUAAGGAUUUGGCAGCAAGAUACACGACUGAUAUAAUUGCAUCAGUAGCUUUUGGAAUAGACGUAAACUCUGUAAAAAAUCCUGACGACGAAUUUCGACAAAUUGGUAAAAAGAUCUUCCAAGUAUCCAAUUAUAAAGACUUUAUCGUGAAGUUAUUGUUCCACAAUUGCCCGGAAUUGAUAAAUUUAUUAAGAAUUUCAAUUAUUAAUGCUGAUGUGUACAAAUUUAUAAUGAAUAUUGUACAACAGAUUGUGACUCUUAGAGAGAAAAAAGGAGUAGUGAGAAAUGAUUUUAUGCAGAUGCUCAUACAGUUACGGAAUUCAGGAAAAGUUAAUGAAGAUGAUGGCAUGAAAGUUAAAAUCAAAGAUGCAAAGCUUUUAUCGAUUGAAGCAAUUGCUGCUGAAGCUCGCUUAUUCCUUGCAGCAGGUUUUGAAACAUCUUCAAUGACAAUGUCUUCAUUUUUUUAUGAAAUUUCCCAAAACCCAUACAUUAUGAAAAAAGUCCAGAAUGAAAUCGAUACUUGUGUUAAAAGGUAUGGUGGUUUUACAUAUGAAGCCCUGAACGAUAUGAAGUAUCUGGAAAAUUGCAUAAGCGAAACAUUACGUCUGUAUCCUGUUUUGCCUUCACUGACAAGGGAGUGUUUAACUGACUACAAAAUUCCUGGAAGCAAAACAGUAAUUCCGAAAGGUACCAGGGUAUUGAUUCCGCUAUUGGGAUUGCAAAGGGAUCCUAAAUAUUUUUCAAAUCCUGAAAAGUUUGAUCCUGAUCGAUUCAGUGAUGAUCGCAAAGAUUCAAUUACACCAUACACAUACAUGCCAUUUGGUGAAGGAAGAAGGGCCUGCAUAGGUAUGCGAUUGGCAAAAUUGCAAAUGAAAGUUGGAUUGGCUAUGACAUUAUAUAAAUUUGAUAUUUUGAAAAGUGCAAAAACUUCGCAGAAAUUUCGACACGAUCCAGAAUCAUCAGGAGUUUCACUUUUGGGUGGAAUUUGGCUCCAAAUUGCACACCGAAAAUAA